AUGGCCGAGUUGGAUGAUGCAACUCUCGACAAGGAGCUCGCAGAUCAAGGAACUCGUAUUCGAGACCUGAAAGCUCAAGGAACAUCUAAAGCAGAUCUACAACCAGAAGUUGAUAGACUCAAAGUGCUUAAAGACGAAAAGGCUAAGAGAGUGGCAGCUGCUCCCAAGGCACCUACAAAAGAAGCUGCUCCUGUUGCCAACGGUGUCAAACCAUUUGAUAGAGUAGCAUUGGAAGCCAUCUUGACGCGACGUUUCUUUUAUGCUCCCAGUUUUGCUAUAUACGGCGGUGUCGCUGGUCUAUUCGACUAUGGUCCACCAGGCUCUGCCCUCCAAAACAACAUUCUACAACUAUGGCGUCAACAUUUCGUACUCGAAGAAAACAUGCUCGAAAUCGAAUGCACAAAUUUGACACCUCACGAUGUCCUAAAAACCUCUGGCCACGUUGAUCGAUUCGCCGAUUAUAUGGUUACAGACUCUGUCACUGGUGAUAUACAACGUGCUGAUCAUCUAGUCAAGAAUACGUUUAAAGAUAGAUUAGAACAGGAUGAUAAGAUCAAGGCUAGUGGUAGUGAAUCUGAUGGCAAGAAGGCAGCUAAGGGUGGCAAGAAAGCUGCUGAGCCAUUGACUCCUGAAAUGAGGCGGCAGUAUGAAAUCAUUCUUGAACAGCUGGACAAUUAUGAUGGCGAUGGCCUUCACCAACUCAUAACAGACUACAAGAUUUUAUCACCAGAGGGAAACUCAUAUACCGCACCUCGACUCUUCAAUCUCAUGUUUGAAACCUCAAUUGGUCCAACUGGUCAAUUCAAAGGCUACAUGAGACCAGAAACUGCUCAAGGUCAUUUUGUCAACUUCAAAAAACUUCUGGAAUUCAACAACGAGAGAGUGCCUUUCGCUUCUGCGUCUAUCGGUAAAUCAUUUAGAAAUGAGAUAUCACCACGGCAAGGGCUGUUAAGAGUCAGGGAAUUCACCAUGGCAGAAAUUGAAUACUUUGUCGAUCCAGCCGACAAGAAGCAUCGUCGAUUCUCAGAAGUUAGAGAUGUCAUGAUGACAUUCUAUUCUGCUGAAGAUCAAAUGGCUGCAGCUGGUACAAAGGAAAUGACUAUGGGUGACGCUGUUGACAAGGGUAUUGUCAACAAUGAAACCUUGGGUUACUUUGUCGCUCGAAUCCACCUUUUCUUAAUACGUAUCGGUAUUGAUCGAACACGUCUCCGCUUCCGUCAACACAUGAAGAACGAAAUGGCCCACUACGCCUGUGAUUGUUGGGACGCGGAGAUCAAAUCCAGCUAUGGAUGGAUCGAAUGUGUGGGAUGUGCAGAUCGAUCCGCAUUUGAUUUAACCGCUCAUUCUAAACGAACUGGUGAAAAAAUGGUUGUACGACAACCAUUACCUGAACCUGUCGUUCGUACUCGAAUGGUGUUGGAGAUGAACAAGACUAAGUUUGGACCUACGUAUCGUAAGAAUGCGAAAGCUGUAGAAGGGUACUUGAAUUCGUUGAUGGUUGGUGACGAUGAAUGGGAUGAAGAUAAGAUUGUUGAUUUGAAGACACGGAUGGCUGAUGCGGGAAAAGUGACCAUUACUGGUACUGAUGGCAAUCAAUAUGACUUGACAGCUGACGUUGUAACUAUUGGUCCAAAGACUGACAAAGUGAACGUACGAGAGUUCAUUCCAAACGUCAUUGAACCAUCAUUCGGUAUUGGCCGAAUCCUCUACUCGUUGCUUGAACAUAGUUGGUGGACACGAGAAGAUGAUGAGAACCGCACAGUUUUGUCAUUCAAACCUGUCAUUGCACCUACAAAGGCCUUGAUUGUUCCACUGAGCAGUCAAGAGGAGUUUGUGCCAUUCAUCCGAGACAUUUCACGAGAACUACGCAAAGCAGGAGUAUCCAACCGUGUCGACGAUUCAUCAUCAGCUAUCGGACGUCGUUAUUCUCGAAAUGAUGAAUUGGGUACACCGUUUGCCAUUACGGUUGAUUUCCAAACCAUUAAGGAUGAGACAGUUACGUUGAGGGAACGUGAUAGUACCAAGCAGAUUCGUGAAUCGAUUUCAGUCGUUGUUGGUAUAAUACGUGAUUUGGUCACUGAACAAACUACAUGGGAAGAAAUAGCUGCCAAGUAUCCAUCAUUUGUUCAACAAGAAGUAUGA